AUGAGCCUGCAAGUGGUCAACACCCAGAUUGAGGAGCUGGGCGAGCGCUUUGGGAACGCUUCGGCGCUCAUUGCGGUGCGGAUAGGAAGAAACAGCCUCUCCGGCUCAGCCCCGGUGCCUUCCUCCACCUGGGAUCCCUCGCGCUACCUCAGCCUGGCCAGCAACCGGAUCCGGGAGCUGCCCUUGGAAGUCUUCCAGAGCCUGGGCCGCUGGGUCCCUCCUGCUCUCGGGCAACCAGCUCCAGCGCCUCCACCCAGCCCACUUCACCCAGCUGGGCAGCCUCAAGGGCUGCCAGCUGCAGGGGAAUGCGUGCAGGUCGUCCACCGGGGGGCCUUCGGCCAGCUGACCUCCUCACCAGGCUCAACCUGGGCAAGAACCGCUUGGCACGCCUCCGCCCAAGGCCUUCGCCAGCGCUUCGCCGCCUCCAGGGUGCGCGCCCUCUAUGAGAACCAGCUGUCCGAGGUGCCGCUGGGGCCUUUGAGUCCCUUACAGAGCUCCAGGAGCUGGCCUGCACCAAACCAGAUCCGAUGGCUACCUGCCAGGCUCUUUCUCUGCCAACCAGAAACUCAAGAAGCUUCUUCCUCUCCCACAACCGGAUCGCGGUCCUCCCAGAAGGUCUCCUCCUGGACCUGCCAGAGCUCUCCCGGCUCUCCUCUUUGGAACGUCCUCCAAGAGCUGCGCCCCGGGGACCUUUGGGGCCGAUGCCUGGCGCUGAGGAGCUUGGCUCUACGACAACCAGUGUCCACUCUGCUGGCACCUCUUUGCCAACCUGACCCAGCUGCGGCUGCUGGUCUUGAGCCGGAACCAACUGCACUCAUCUCCCCUUCCACCUUGGCUGGCCUGGGCGAGCUCCUGGAGGUUUCCCUGCCACCAAACCAGCUGCCCACCUUGGUGGGGGAGCCUUCCGAGGCCUGGCCAAGCUCCAGAACGUCUCCCUGCAGAACAACGGCUCCAGUCCCUGCCAAGAGGCCUCUUCCAACACCACACUGGCCUGAAGACCCUCCAGCUGCAGAACAACUCCCUGGAGACCCUCCCCGUGCCUCUUCAAUCGGUCUACACCACCUGCGCGACGUCCGACUACCCGACAAUCCCUGGCGUUAUCUGUGA